AUGUCAUCAGUGUUAAUGAUGCCCUGUGUAAAUCAAGGUUAUUGCGGGGAAAUUUUUAAACGAAUGCAAUCCAUGUUGAGCUCAGCAGCUUUGUUUGUUGCGCUCAUGGGGGUCUUUGUGUGUUUGACGCCGCUGGCAAAAGAAAAUCUCUCACUGACUAACAACUUUGCCCCACCAUUAAAAUCAUUACUUUUAAAUCAGGGUUUAGGUUUGAGGAGUCAUCGAGACAAAGAUGUCAACUAUUUAUUAAAUGAUUUCGACAGUAAAGUUAAAUUAAUUUUACAAAUUAUGCUUAUUCGAAGUGACAUGUAG